CACAGCUGAGCGCAAGCCAGUUUGACAGUUCUCGCCACACUCAGUUGGCCGGUGCACGGCGUCGCGGCACGAUCGUCCGCCAUUUUGUUAUUUACAAAAUUCGAAGUUUAAAAACCGUGUUUCCACUGCUUCUCUAUUUAACCAGAUGCAAGAAGCUAUGUGAAAUCCGACGUGAAUCAUAGACGAAAACGAACCGACAUUCGAACGUAACCAAGCAUUCCAAAUUCACCAUUAAGUUGCCAUAUUAACAAAACUAUUAAUCAAUAAGUAACAGAUAAAUUAAGUGAAAAAAAUAGUGUCAAGAUCGAGUGUGUGUCAAGGGAUCUGUGCAACUUUCCUUUUACGGAUGUCGUGAUACUGGUGAUUCAUUGACAAGUUCGCGAACAGGAUUUUGGCGGAUCCUGUCUCGUUCGGGAAAAAGUGUAGUGUUGUGAUGAGAGUUUAAAAUGUCGACGCAAGCGUACUAUAAGGAGCGGCUCGGGUUUGACCCGCAGGAGGAAGUGAACGGGAACGGGUUCUACGAGGGCCACCAGCCGAAGCGACACCGCGGCGACAGGCGACACGCUAGCGAGUCGCACGACCAGGUCUACGAGGAGAACUUGACCAAGUUCAAAGAUGAACGAGAUGCCAUACAGAAGAAGACGUUCACAAAAUGGGUCAACAAACACCUUAAAAAGGUGAACCGGCAUGUGAACGACCUCUUCGAAGACCUGCGCGAUGGCCUGAACCUCAUCUCGCUGCUGGAGGUGCUUUCUGGCGAACACCUCCCGCGCGAGCGAGGCCGCAUGCGUUUCCACAUGCUCCAGAACGUCCAGAUGGCGCUCGACUUCCUCCGCUACAAGAAGAUCAAGCUCGUCAACAUCCGAGCUGAAGACAUCGUCGACGGGAACCCUAAGCUGACCUUGGGUCUUAUCUGGACCAUCAUCCUGCACUUCCAGAUCUCUGACAUCGUGGUGGGACAAGAAGCGAACGUGACAGCCCGCGAAGCGCUCCUGAGCUGGGCGCGACGCUCCACGGCGAAGUAUCCCGGAGUCAGGGUCACUGACUUCACGUCAUCCUGGCGAGACGGUCUCGCCUUCAACGCGCUUAUACACAGGAACCGGCCUGAUCUGAUAGACUGGCGUAAUAUCAGGUCAAGACAAGUCCGUGAGCGGUUGGAGACAGCGUUCCACGUGGUCGAGAAGGAGUAUGGAGUCACCAGGCUACUUGAUCCUGAAGAUGUGGACACCCACGAGAUCGACGAGAAGUCCCUCAUCACGUAUAUCUCGUCGCUGUACGAAACUUUCCCCGAGCCCGCGGCUGUGCACCCGCUGUUCGACGCGGAGUCGCAACGCCGCGCCGCCGCUUACACCGAGCAGGCGGCCUCGCAUAGAGCCUGGCUGCAUGAGAACAUCGCGCUGCUGCAGGACCGUGCUUUCCCGUCAACUUUGAUCGAGAUGAAGAAGCUGCUCAGUGAGAGCACGCGGUUCCGCAGUGAAGAGGUGCCCAUCAGGCAAAGAGAGAAGCAGAAGUUGUUCCACCAGUAUAGGGAGUUAGAGAAAUAUUUCGAAUCGGUGGGCGAAUGCGACAUAGAACCGACACUCCGACCAGAGGCAUUGGAGCAGGCGUGGUCGCGGCUGCUGAUGGCGCAGCAGGAACGCGAGCGCGAUCUCGCCGACGAGAUCCGCCGCCUCGAGCGCUUGCAGCGGCGAGCGGAGAAACUACACAGGGAUAUAAAACAGACAGAAGCCGGCCUCGACAGUGUCGAGCGUCACAUCGAGAGCGAGAUCCGUCGCGUGGAGCGCGGCGUGCAUCCCGCCGAGGCCAAAAUGGCCGCCGAGCAGAUCGAGCAAGAACUCAGGACUAUGGAGAACACGAUACAUGAGAUGUUCCAGGACGCACAGGCGCUUAAAGAGGGACGGUAUCCACAGGCAUCUGACCUGCAGAGACGCGUCCAACAAAUCCACGACCGUUGGCUGAACGCGCGACAAGCGUUCACCGGCCGCCUGCUGCCGCGUCUGUCGUCCGUGCGCCUCCCCGUGCAACAAACAACUGUCCGCAGAGAAACGCGCACUGUACUGGAGACUAGAGUCCAUGAUGCGGACCCGCUGUUCCAACAACUUCAGGAUGCGACCAAGUGGUGCAAGGACCGACUGAAGAAACUCCACGAAGCCGAGUACGGAUCCGACCUACCAGGAGUGCAGCAUGAGCUGGACAAGCACCAACGCGAGCACAAGACCAUCGAUCAAUUCCACUCCAAGGUGGAGCAAUGCGUGCACAACCGCGCCAACUUCUCUGGCGAAGAGCUGACGCUUUAUAACCAACAUCUGAACCAGCUGCAGAAGCUGUAUGCUGAGCUGCUUUCUACCAGCACUAAACGCAUGUCAGACCUGGACGCGCUGCAAGAAUUCCUGCAAAGCGCAACAGCGGAGCUCAACUGGCUUAACGAGAAGGAGCAAGUCGAACUGGCGCGCGACUGGGCAGACCCGCACAUCAACCUGCCCGCCGUCCAGCAUUAUUAUGAGCAACUGAUGUCGUCGCUCGAGAAGAGAGAGUUGCAAUUCAGUAACGUGAUCGACCGCGGGGAGGCGCUGAUCGCGCAACACCACCCGGCCACCAAAACUAUUGAGGCGCACCUGCAGGUGAUGCAAUCGCAAUGGGCGUGGGUGCUGCAGCUGACGCUGUGUCUCGAGACGCAUCUGAAGCACACCACUCACUACCACAACUUCUUCGAAGAGGUCAAGGAAGCUGAGAAAUGGAUACAGAAACGCGAAGAAGCUCUAAACUCAACGUUCUCCCAGUCCGAAUUCACCCUCGACCAAGGCGAGCGUCUACUCAAAGGCAUGCAGGAACUCCGCGAGGAGCUCAACUCUCACGGCAGUGUGGUGUCGCGAUUGGUCGAAGAGGCUCAAUCUGUGCGGCCGGUCAAGCAAAGGAGGGCGCCGAUUACAAGGCCGCUGAGGGCUGAGACUGUGUGCGCUUACAAACAUGCCAAUAUCGCGAUCGAGAAAGGCUCAGCCGUCACAGUGGUGGACAACAGUGGUCGUUCCCGCUGGCUGGUCCGUCUCGGCGGCGCGGGCACCGAAGUGCAACUGCCCGGCGCCGUGGUAGCGCUACCACCGCCAUGCGCGCUCGCUGCUGAAGCUGCGCAGAGAUUGCGCAACGCUUAUGAUAGGGUGAUCCAGCUGUGGCAGAGGAAACAACUGCGCAUGCGUCAGAACAUGAUCUUCGCCACCAUCAAGGUGGUCAAGGGCUGGGACUUCCCGCAGUUCGUGGCAAUGGGCGCGGAGCAGCGUCAGGCCAUCCGUCGCGCGUUAAACGAAGACGCCGAGAAGUUGCUAGGCGAGGGCGAUCCCGCCGACCCGCAGCUUCGGCGCCUGCGCCGAGAGAUCGAUGACGUCAACCGACUCUUCGACGAGUUCGAGCGACGGGCUAGGGCUGAAGAGGAGAGCAAGAAUGCCGCACGCAUCUUCACAGAACAAUCAUCCUCACUACUUGAACGGCUCGAAGUUCUGGAGCGUCAGCUGCACGAGCGCAUCGCGAGCCACAUCCCGCGAGACCUGGAUUCGCUAGAGCACUUAGUUCUCCAGCAUAAGGACUGGGAGAGCUCUGUUCUCGCGCUCACCAGCCACGUUGAGGAGGUCCAGGCCACCUUCAGAGGCAUCGCCCUAAAGACGCCAGCUAUGAAGAAGAACCUCGACAAGGUCAUGGGCAAGUGGAACGAUAUGCAGUCCAAGAGUCAAUUGUUCGUCGAAAGGCUGAAGUACGUAGAAAUCGUGGUUAACAGCAUGGAAGAAAACCACCAGAGCAUCACCGAAUUCGAAAUCAAACUUGCGCAGUUCAACGACCUACCGAACGACAUCGAACUGCUGAAAGAUAUGCACGAAGAUCUGCUCCGCAUGCAAGUAGCAGUGAGCAAACAGCAGGUCCAGGUGGAACAAAUGAACGACGACGCCGAGAACUGUCGCCGAUUGGUCGAGAGCUCCCGCGCCGCGUUACCGCACACAUCGCUACCAAGAUCUGGCAAACAUAUAGACCUGGAGCGCCUGGAUAAGGAGGUGGCCCAGCUGAAUACCAGGUGGAACAACGUGUGCCAGCAGCUGGCUGAACGCCUCCGAAGCUGCGAAGCCGCGUAUCAACUCCUGCGCAACUACAACGCCGGGCUCGAGAAGGAGGCCGAAUGGAUCGACGACUCCUUCGGCAAGCUACAGGCUCAGCCGCCCAUCGAAGUGCGGCCUAAGGAACAGUUCGAACCCACCAGGAAUCUACUGACCAGUGUUGUGGAGCGAACGCCAAAGAUUGAGAAGGUUAACGUUGACGGUGGCAGAUUCAUAAGAGAGGCGAAGAUCCACUCAUCGCGAUGCCAGCGCUACGCAGAAUGGUUAUGCGACGAAGUGCAUCCCUCGCUCGACAUGAAACAAAUCAAGCGUCAAGCGGAACUGGACCAAGCGGAGCGACAUCGCAACAGGAAUAAGCCUGUACCUGAGCAGAGCGGGGCGGAGAACGUGGCUAGAGAACUGGAUGAUUUGAACGCGAAGCAUCAAAGACUGCUGGAUAUGUUGUAUGAGAGAUUGAGGAGGAUAGCCGCCGCCAACCCUGGAGACAUUGUGACAUUGCGUCUCGUGGAGGCGAUGGCGCCUCGCUCUGCGCGAUCCUUCCGCCAGGAAUUCAACAUGCAGGACCUGGCCAGCUCCACAGAGCACACCUACACUACCACCUACACCUCCGAACAAUACGUCAGGACGUCACAUUCGACAGAGCUAGAUGGGCACGCGCCCGUAUCUAAUGGCAAACUAGUCUCGCCCAACUAUACGACCAAAACCAUUAUCGAAGACGACAGACCUGACAUUAGGAAUCUCAAACGAGUACACAAAAUGUACGAAGGACCUAACAUUAUAGAGUCCAGAGGUAUCGUCCACCCGGAGACGAAAGAAAUACUCACAGUCGGACAAGCUAUUAACAUGAGAAUACUCGAUGUUCGGACGGGCAGGUUACUAUCCUCACCCGAAACGAGACAAACUAUGACAAUAGAACAAGCGGCAAAGCAAGGUCUCAUAGAUCCCAAACUCGCUGCGAGAUUAACAGGACCCUGUGGAGUAACAGAAGACGGAAACGAAGUCACGUUACUAGAAGCUAUACAGAGCGAACUGUACGACGCCGAACAAGGACUGGCGGAUCCAGCGGAAAAGAGAAUAAAGCAAGCAGUGGAGGAGAAGUACAGGCUUUGCGACGAGACGCUGUCGAAGCUUCUGGAAUGGAUCGCGGUGGUCGAGGAGCGAUUGGCUAACCAGGAGGCGGUCAAGGAAGACCUGGAUGAGCUGCGGAACCAGAUCAAUAUUCUCAAGCUGAUCAAGGAUGACUUGGAGAGCCACCAACGCCAGGUGUCUGCUUGCGCUGACCAGGCCAAGCAACUCCUGGUGUCCGGCGGAGACGUGCUGGCACCUCAUGAGGUGGCAGCACUGGAGCGUGGCGUGCGACAACUCAAGCAGCGGUGCGACAAGUGUUCCGACAAGUGCGACAAGAUGCUGCGGCGACUGGCCGCCGCGCGCGACGAGCUCGGCAAAUUCAAUAAUGAGCUGAACACCUUCAACACUUGGAUGGAGGGCGCAUACCGCACUCUAGAAGAGAAGGAAUCCGCGCUGUCCAAGCUAAAGAACCUUCCUGGACAGAGCGAGGACGUUCGCGAGUUCGUGUCUGAUGUCAUCGCUCACCAGGCUGACCUCCGGUUCAUCACCAUGGCGGCGCAGAAGUUUGUCGACGAGAGCAAGGAAUUCCUCACGAUCCUGAACGACUACCGCACCUCGCUACCUUCCCGGCUGUCGCACAUCCACCCUUCGGGCGACAGCGCGCUGCGCGAGGCCGCGGCGCUGGCGCGGCGCCGCCACGCCGAGCUGGCGGCGCGCGCGCAGCGCCUGCAGGACCGCCUGCGCGGCGCCGCCGACGUCACCAAGCAGUACCACGACGCGCUCGACCGCGCGCAGCGGUGGAUGAAGGAGGUGGAACCUCAAGCCCGCUCGGUGCUAUCGGAGCCCGUUGGUGGUGAGCCCCGCGCCGUGGAGACUCAACUCGCGCGCGCGAAGGCGCUGCACUCGGAGAUCUUGGCGCAGGGCCGCCUCGUCGACAACGCUAAAGACGCGUGCGAUCAACUAGUCAAAUCCCUGGAAGGCAAUCUCACCCCAUCAGAGAUCCGUCAGCUCGAAGUACCCGUACUAGACCUGACUGCUCGCUACGCGGAGCUGUCGGGAGCUGUCGGCUCAAGGUGUCAGGAGUUGGAAGCGGCUCUGCUGCAGUGCCAGGGGCUGCAGGACGCUGCUGAGACGCAGGCGCAGUGGCUGCAGCAAGCUGAGACGCUGUUCAAGACGCAAUCAAAACCAGCCUCUCUCAUCCGCGAGCGGCUCGACGAGCAAGUUCGCGAGCAGCGCAUCGCGCACGCGUCGCUAGAAGGCCGUCGCGCCACGCUCGCGAAGCUGCUCGGUCAGGUUCGCGACGCCGCUGCCAACCCGAGCAACGCCAGGAUCGCCAAGAAGCUAGAACAGAGGGCUGAGGAUAUCUACAACAGAUACGAAAAGCUACUCGAGCGCUCCACGAAACGCAACGAGUUCCUCGAAAGCGUAUGGAGCGAGCUGUCCCACUUCACACAGCUCGCGGGCAAGCUGGACGCGGCGCACGCGCAGCUGUUGGAGCAAGCUGACUCCAGGGAGCUGUCGCGGAUGAGCGCCGAUGAGCUGCGCUCCAGGCUGAGCGAUCUCGCGCACUUCAGGGACGUACAAAUGCCGUUGCUGGACGAGUGCCUGCAACAGGGCAAACAGCUGAUCACCAAGAAGGACGUCACAGACACCCACGUCAUCCGGGACAGGAUGAAGCUCCUGGAGAACGCGUGGCGCGACUUCAACACGUCUCUGGAAGAAAAACAGAAGCUGUCCAAGCAGCGCGCUGACCAGCUCAGCCAGUACGAGACCCUCCGAGCUCAGGUGUUGGAGUGGCUCCAAUCGUUCGAGAACCGAGUGGGGCGCCUGCAGCCCGUGGCUUUGGACCAGGAGGUGCUGAAACAGCAGGCUGACGAACUUAGACCUCUGGCCAAGGAGUACCGCGACUACUCCAUUACAAUUGACAAGGUGAACGAGGCAGGAGCAGUAUACGAGGCCCUCACUCGCGGUGACCGCGUGGACAGCCCACACCGCAAGAGGCAGCUCUACAGCCCCACCAAGCGACAGACGCCAGUGCGCACACUGGACGGACGCUCGCCGUCUCCGACGAAGGGCCACGGGCUAGUCAGCCCGGGCUCCACGCACUCAACCUCCAGCGGCUUCUCAUCUCGCCGCUCCUCCAGCGACCAGUUACAUCUUGAAGAACUGUCGCCGGUACAACAACAGCUGUCGGAGAUCAACAACCGCUACAGCCUGCUCGGGACCAAGCUGGCAGACCGGCAGCAGGAGCUGGACGCGGUCCGCGAAGAGCUGAGGAAGCAUGAGGACACCAUCCGCAACACUCACCACUUCCUGGACAAGGUGCAGAGGCAACUGCCAAAGGACUGCGUACCCAACACGAAGGAGGAGGCCGACAAGACCAUCAAACAAGCGCGCGCCGUGCUCGAGGAGAUGUAUGAGAAGCAAAGCGUUCUGGACUCUGCUAAGACUCAGGUCCGCGAGCUUCUGAAGCGCAAGCAAGGAGUAGCAGGCGCGGACCGUCUCCACGACGCCAUGGAGGAUGUCGUGUCUCGCUGGAAGAACCUGCAUGACGCUUGCAAGGACAACUUCCAGGAGAAAGUCAAGAGCCUAUCAGCCGACCUCUCCGACCUGGAAAAGGAGCUGGACACUAUGAAGCCACCGGGCCGCGACAUCAAGACCGUCCGUCAACAGCUGGAUGACGUCACUCGCUUCUACAAAAAGCUGGAGAGAGCUGAUGAUGUUGUCGCUGACGUUGAGCGCGCGGCUGAAGGGCUGGUUGAUAGCGGAUAUGCUGGUGAUGCUGCUAAGACUAGGGACCAGGUGGAAGGUCUCCGCAAACAGCUGGGCAAGCUGGACGAGCGCGCCCGUGCUCGCGAGCAAGACCUGGACGAUACUCUCAGCAAGCUGGAAGCCUUCUACAAGGCUUAUGAUUCCGUCAUGGACGAUGUUCAGGAGGCAUCCGAACAAGUGCGCAGUCUCAAGCCAGUAUCCUCGGAAGUCGAGCAGAUCCGCGCCCAGCAAAAGGACUUCGCUGAACUGCGUCGCCGCACACUAGAACCACUCGGACAAAAUGUGGCUCACUGCAACAAGAUAGGACAGGGUCUGGUGCGAUCAGCGUUAGCUGCUGUGUCUACUCAACAGCUGGAGAAGGAUUUGGAGAAGAUGAAUGACAAAUGGAACGCGCUUAAAGAGAAGAUGAACGAGCGCGAACGUCGCCUGGACGUGGGUCUGUUACAAUCCGGCAAGUUCGCCGAGGCGCUGGCUGGCCUAGACAAGUGGCUGUCCGACACUGAAGACAUGGUGCGCAACCAGAAACCGCCCUCCGCCGACUAUAAGGUGGUCAAGGCUCAGCUGCAGGAGCAGAAGUUCCUCAAGAAAAUGCUGCUAGACCGUCAAAACAGCAUGUCUUCGCUAUUCGCGAUGGGCAACGAGGUAGCGGCCGGUUGCGACAGCGGAGAACGCAAGGCCAUCGAGAAGCAACUGAAGGGACUUAUGCAGCGGUUCGACGCGCUUACUGACGGCGCUCAGCAGCGUAUGCUUGACCUGGAGCAGGCUAUGAAGGUCGCCAGACAAUUCCAAGAGGAACUACAGCCGCUUGUUGAGUGGCUGACCACCACCGAGCGCAAGGUCAAGGCGCUGGAGCUGGUGCCGACCGAUGAGGAGAAGAUCCAGGUCAAGAUCAGAGAGCACAAGGUGUUACACGACGACGUACUAUCGAAGCAGGGCGCCUUCCAACAGCUGACUGAGACAGCGUCCGCGCUGAUGGCGCUCGUGGGAGAUGAUGAGGCGGCCGCGCUGGCGGACCGUCUGCAAGCUGCCACUGACAGAUACCAAGCCCUAGUGGAGCACAGCCUGAACAUCGGCGAACUGCUGGACAACUCGCGCAAGGGUCUCCGACACCUGGUGCUGACGUACCAAGACCUGUCAGCCUGGAUGGACGGCAUGGAGCAAUACCUCGCCAAGAGGAAGAUCCUUCCGAUGCACAUGGAGAAACUGCUGCGGCAAAUGGAUGAACUAGCUGAAAAAACCGAAGAGAUAGCCUCAAAACAAGAGGCAGUCGACAGCACCGUGGAUUCCGGUCUCGAGCUGAUGAAGCACAUCUCUGGUGAUGAGGCGCUACAGCUCAAGGACAAAUUGGACGCGCUCCAGCGACGCUACAACGACCUCACCAGCAAGGGAGCCGACCUGCUGCGUAUCGCCAGCGAAACGCUGCCGCUGGUGCAGCAGUUCUUCAACACACACAACAGCUUGACGGAAUGGAUGUCCGGCGCCGAGUCAUGCCUGCAAUCCGUGGAACCGCGUGAAGAGGACAUCCUUCGUCUCGAAGGCGACCUGCAAGAGUUCCGUCCGCUGCUCGACAACAUCAACCUGAUCGGCCCGCAGUUGUGCCAGAUCUCUCCGGGAGAGGGCGCUACGCACAUCGAAGGCAUCGUUACUAGGGACAACCGUCGUUUCGAUGCUAUAGCUGAGCAAGUUCAACGUAAGGCAGAGAGACUGCUGCUCAGCAAGAAGCGCUCCCUGGAAGUGGUAGGCGAUAUGGAAGAGCUCCUCGAAUGGCUGAGGACCGUGUUCGCUCAACUUCGCGACGCGGAACCGCCGUCUAGCCAACCGGCUUUAGUGCGCGCGCAGCUGAAGGCUCAGCGGCCGCUUAAUGACGACGUAGCUGCGCAGAGAGUGCGCGUACGGGACCUGUUGUCGCAGGCUAAGAAGGUCCUCCGCGAAUGCCAAUCAUCGGAGGAGACAGCCGUGAUCCGCGACCGCAGCGAGGAGCUGAAGGAGAUGAUGGAGGAGGUGGGGCAGCUCAGCGCGGAGCGCCUCGCCGCGCUCGAGCAGGCGCUGCCUCUGGCCGAGCACUUCGCGGACACCCACCACGGAUUGUCGAUGUGGCUGGACGACAUGGAGAAACAGAUCCAGAUGCUGGCCAUGCCCGCCCUGCGGCCCGAGCAGAUUGCGCAACAGCAAGACAAGAACGAGAUGCUGCAACAGUCGAUCCUGGGGCACAAACCACUGGUAGACAAACUCGUCAAGACCGGAGAAGCGCUAGCCCGCCUAGUGGGCGAAGAAGACGCGAACAAAGUCCAGGAUAUAGUGGAGGCAGACUGCGAGCGGUACAACGCACUGCGGGCUGAGCUACGAACCAGACAGCAAGCGCUUGAACAGGCCCUGCAAGAGUCCUCUCAGUUCUCCGACAAGCUGGAAGGCAUGCUGCGAGCGCUGGCCGGCACGCAGGACCAACUGCAGCGCGCCGAGCCCGUCUCUGCGCACCCGCCUAAGAUUCAAGACCAAAUCGAGGAAAACAACGCGUUAAUAGAAGAUCUGGAGAAGCGUACUGAGGCGUACAACGCGGUGCAACGCGCCGCCUCCGACGUGAUCAGCAAGGCCAACAAGAGCGACCCCGCCGUGCGGGACAUUCGCAACAAGCUCGACAAACUGCACAAACUAUGGGACGACGUACAGAAAGCGACCUCAGACCGCGGUCACUCGCUCGACAGUGCGCUGGAAGUCGCCCGCAAGUUCUGGGCUCAACUGGAUGCGCUGAUGGCCACGCUGGCCGAGCUGGAGGACACGCUGACCGCCCAGCCGCCGCCCGCCGCGCAGCCGCGCGCUAUACAGGCGCAGCAGGUCGCCCUGCAGGAGAUCAGGCACGAGAUCGACCAUACCAAGCCUGAGGUGGAGAAAGUCCGCAAGACCGGCUCACACCUGAUGUCACUCUGCGGCGAGCCGGACAAGCCAGAGGUCAAGAAGCACAUGGAAGACCUGGACAGCGCCUGGGACAAUGUCACAGCGCUGUACGCGAGACGAGAGGAGAACCUCAUCGACGCCAUGGAGAAGGCUAUGGAGUUCCACGACACUCUACAGAACCUGCAAGAAUUCCUCGACAAGGCCGAGGACAAGUUCUCCCGCAUGGGCGCAUUGGGCUCAGACAUCGACGCAGUGAAGCGACAGAUCUCUCAACUAGCCUCGUUCAAGCAAGAGGUCGACCCGCAUAUGGUGAAGGUCGAAGCCCUUAACAGGCAAGCUCAAGAGCUGACGGAGCGCACAUCAUCCGAGCAAGCGGCGGCCAUCAAGCAACCUCUCACCGAAGUGAAUACGCGCUGGUCGGCGUUACUACGCGGCAUGGUGGAGCGGCAGCAACAGCUGGAGCGAGCUCUGCUGCGGCUAGGACAGCUGCAGCACGCGCUGCAGGAGCUGCUGGCGUGGAUCAACCACACUAGCGACACGCUCGACACGCUCAAGCCGGUGGCCGGAGACCCUCAGAUCCUGGAGGUGGAGCUGGCUAAGCUGAAGGUGCUGGUGAACGACAUCGCGGCGCACCAGGCCUCGGUGGACACGCUCAACGACGCCGGCGCGCAGAUCGUGCAACAGGGUACUGGCACCGACGAGGCGAGUGAGACUGCGGACAAGCUCAACACCCUGAACAGGAAGUGGCGAGAGCUGCAGCAGAAGGCUCGAGACCGCCAGGCCGAGCUGGAAGAUGCCCUGAGGGAAGCCCAGAGCUUCAACGCGGAAAUCGGCGACUUGCUGUCGUGGCUGUCAGAGGUGGAUGGAGUUAUCACGGCCUCCAAGCCCGUCGGUGGUCUGCCGGAAACCGCCUCGGAACAGCUUGAGAGGUUCAUGGAGGUUUACAACGAGAUCGAAGCCAACCGCCCCAAGGUGGAAGCAGUUCUGCAGCAGGGCCAAGAGUACCUGCGCCGGCAGGAGAAGCCCAACCCCUCCAGCCAGCUGCACCAGAACCUCAAGAACCUCAAGACCAGAUGGGACAACAUCACUGCCAGAGCAUCGGACAAGAAGAUUAAACUGGAGAUCGCGCUGAAGGAGGCGACAGAAUUCCACGACGCGCUGCAAGCCUUCGUGGACUGGUUAACUGGCGCUGAGAAGACGCUCUCCUCUGCCAAGCCUGUCUCUAGGGUCAUGGAGACUCUGCUGGUUCAAAUCGAGGAGCACAAGUCGUUCCAAAAGGAAGUGGCCACACAUCGCGAGACCAUGCUCCACCUGGACAAGAAAGGCACUCACCUCAAGUACUUCAGCCAGAAGCAGGACGUCAUUCUUAUCAAGAACCUGCUGGUUUCCGUCCAGCAUCGAUGGGAGCGCGUUGUUGCCAAGUGCGCUGAGCGAACCAGGGCAUUAGACCAUGGCGUUAAGGAGGCCAAGGAAUUCAGCGACAUGUGGAACAACCUGAUGAACUGGCUCAACGACACCGAGAAACAACUGGACGAGCUCAACUCGGAAACGACCGUCAACGACCCGGAGAAGAUCAAACAGAGACUGUCGAAGCACCGCGAGUUCCAAAAGGCGCUAGCAGCCAAGCAGCCCGUCUACGACCAGACGCAGAAGGUCGGCAAGACGCUCAAGGACAAGGCGCCGAAGACCGAUGAACCCACCCUCCGCACUAUGCUGCAGGAUCUCAAGACCAAGUGGACUACCGUCUGCUCCAAGGCUGUCGACCGACAACGCAAGCUGGAAGAGGCGCUGCUAUACUCCGGACAGUUCAAGGACGCGAUGUCGGCCCUGCUGGAGUGGCUGAAGAAACAGCAGAGCAAGUUAGCAGCCGACUCGCCCGUCCAUGGCGACCUGGACACCGUCAUGGCGCUCAUUGAACAGCACAAGCAAUUCGAGGAAGAUUUCCACUCGCGCGAACAACAGAUGCAGUCUGUACUCAAGACCGGCAAAGAUCUGGAAGCCACGGUGCCGCGCGAAGACGCGAGCAGCAUCAGACAGCAGUGCAGCGAACUCAAGCAGGCUUGGGACUCCGUCCAGAGUCUGAGCGAAAAGAAAGCGCACCGGCUGGAAUCUGCGCUCAAGGAGGCUGAGAAACUCCACAAAUCCGUGAACAUGCUUCUCGAAUGGCUCUCCGACGCCGAGACCAAACUUCGCUUCUCCGGCCAACUGCCCGAAGGCGACCAGGAGACCCAGCAACAGAUCCGCGACCACGAGCGGUUCAUCCGCGAACUGAAGGAGAAGCAGCGAGACAAGGACGACACGAUCAGCCUGGCUCACUCGAUCCUGGGCAAGGCGCAUCCGGACGCGGUGACGGUCAUUAAGCACUGGAUCACCAUCAUACAGAGCCGGUGGGAUGAGGUGUGGCAAUGGGCGAUGCAGCGCGGCGGCAAGCUGGACGCGCACAUGCAGAGCCUCAAAGACCUGGACUCUGUGCUGGAAGAGCUGCUGCAAUGGCUCAUGGGACUUGAGAAUACCCUGCUUUCAUUGGAAGCAGAGCCUCUGCCAGAAUCCAUCGAACUGCUGGAAGGCCUCAUCGAAGACCACAAGGAGCUUAUGGAGAACACGCAGAAGAGACAGAACGAGGUCGAUCGCGUCUGCAAGGCUUACCAGGUCAAAGCUCAGAGCCAAGGAAGAGAGUCGACACCACGCAAGGUGUCGGCGAAGUCGGCCGUCAAGGGUGCCCCUGGACGCGGUUCGCAGCACGAUUUGAACCGAGAGCGAUCGGUGUCGCCCGACUAUUACGGAUCGAGGCGGUACAGUCGCGUGAGCCCGGGCCGCGAGACUCCCGACCGCAACCUGCCGCACUACGGACCCAGGUUCCCGCCGAGGGGCAGCAAGGGCGCCGAGCCGGAAUUCCGCUCACCGCGCGUCCGCCAACUGUGGGACAAAUGGCGCACCGUCUGGCUUCUGGCGUGGGAGCGUCAGCGUCGCCUGCACGAGCGCCUAGCGCACCUCAAAGAGCUGCAACGCGUGUCCAACUUCAGCUGGGACGACUGGAGGAAGCGGUUCCUGAAGUUCAUGAACCACAAGAAGUCCCGUCUGACGGACCUGUUCCGCAAGAUGGACAAGGACAACAACGGGCUGAUCCCGCGCAACGAGUUCAUCGACGGAAUCAUCAACACCAAAUUCGACACUUCCCGGCUGGAGAUGGGCGCCGUGGCUGAUCUGUUCGACAGGAACGGCAGCGGGCUCAUCGACUGGGAGGAGUUCAUCGCGGCGCUGCGACCCGACUGGGUGGAGCGCCGCGGGCCGCCGACAGACGCCGACAAGAUCCACGACGAGGUGAAGCGGCUGGUGAUGCUCUGCACGUGUCGACAAAAGUUCCGCGUGUUCCAGGUCGGCGAGGGGAAAUACCGGUUCGGCGACUCCCAAAAGCUGCGCCUGGUCCGCAUCCUGCGCUCGACCGUGAUGGUCCGCGUGGGGGGCGGCUGGGUGGCGCUCGACGAGUUCCUCGUCAAGAACGACCCCUGCAGAGCCGAGGAGUUUUUGGAGCAGCUGAAGCCCAUAUUUGAGGCAUUAAGGCAGCGAGAAGAGCUUCCGUGUUCGUACCCACUGCACGUCGGUUCCACGCACGGCACAAAGCAGGCCUUCAUAUACGGCCACUCAAGAUCUCAGGGCUCGACGACUCCGGGCGCGCAUCACUACACGCAUCACCACGGCUACCAACCCUCUCCAGGAUACCACUGGGUACGCGAACGAACGGCGCGCUCGGUGCCUAUGUCAGGCGGCGUUCAAGGGCGUGCUUCACGUUCAUCACUGAGCGCUGGAACGCCAGACUCCCUGAGCGAUAACGAAGCUGCCAGCGGACUCGGGGCAAGAUAUAAGAAGCCUAGUGUGCCAAGAUCGACAUUGACGCCUGGAGGUUCACGGCCUGGUUCCAGACCGGGAUCAAGGACAGGCUCCAAGCCUCCUUCGAGACAUGGAUCCAACCUCUCAUUAGAUAGUACAGAUGACGUAUUAACGCCUUCCCGCAUACCGAUGCGCAAAGUGACCAACACUCGUGCAUCAACAGCACGCGCGGCGGCCAACGCCGCCAAGCUCGGUGUGGCCACGCCUAAUGGCGGCUCGCGCCCUCGCACUCCCACCGGUCUCCUCACACCAGCCAGUGGAAGGUACCCUAGCGGAGCGAUGUACCGCACGUCCAGUAUACCAACACUGUCGCCGGUGCCGGCGCUCGUGAGCUCGACUCAUUCCCAACCGUCCUCAAUGGUUUCCGAACUUCCCAAAUCUGCGUCUCACACUCAUCCCGCAUUCCAUACCCAGGGCUCUACAAAAAUCCCAGUGUACGUGGGCACCCGAUCCCAAAGGUCCCCUUCAGUCGAGAGACGAUUGAAAAUUUCUCGAAAAUCCCAAUCCCGAGAAAUGUCCCAGGAACCCAGUCCUACCUCUCAAGACCCUUCGAGAAAAUCCGAGCAGAGAAGUCCAGAAGAUGACUCCUCGUUAUUCAGCAUAUCGGGAAUGACAAGCGACAAUGAAUAUGAGAGUAACAUAAGCGAGUCGAGUGGCGACGCCUCAAAGCCGACCCAGCGAGACAUCAAAGGGAGCGGGUCGUUUGCCUCGACCGAUGGCCACACUCCCGGCCGCAGCCGUAUACCAGUGCUUAAGGAUCACCAUACUAACAGUAAUUCCAAUAGGCAAAGAACACCAUCCGGCAGCACGACGCCAGUGCGGCCGGGGCAGCAGACAGCGGUGUCGCGGCUGCUGCGAAAACCGUCAGACGCGUCCGACAGCGGAGCGCCCGCCACCCCGGGCUCGCGCCGCGGCACGCCUGCUUCUUCGAGAACGAUCGAAAAGCGCGAGCCUUUUAGGCUGUAGACGAUUUAAGGACGAUAUAAAGAAUAAUACCGCUGUAAUUACAUCGCUAAUGAAAAAAUGUCUUCCGAAGACAUUUUUUCCUAUAGUGAACUUUGCGGAUAAUAGUUACCUGUGUGAUGAGAGUCGCUUUGACUUGUGAUAUUACGUAUUCACGAUUUUUUUUUCGCUUUAUUGUAUUUGAUGUCUAGGCAAAAUAUAUGAAAAUCUAUUCCAUCUUUAAGAAAUCUUUUUGAGUCGUUGCGACUGUCAUGAGCAUAGAGAAUGUUAUAAUUAAUACUAACCGAGAAUUAACCGAUUCGCGAAUUAAGCAAAGCUUAAUGUUAUAUAAGAACGAAUUUGCGAAUGUGGCUUUUUAGUUAAGUAAAAGUUAAUAGAUGGUAGUAGUAAAACGUAAAGUCUGCACUUGUUGCCUUGUAUACUUAUUUUUUUCUACAAUCUGUGCAGUUUUGUGCACAUUGAAUUAGUUCUUUUAUUUAUUUUGUGCUGUCAGUAUUCUCCAGUAAACUCUUGCUGUGUCUAAGCAAGAUAUGAUUUCUGUAUCAAUGUGAAUAUUCCCCCUUUCUCUUAUUUAUUGUCAACGUUGCCAUAUGUUAGUGUAUGUUUUGUAUGUAAAAUACGUAUUACGGUCUCUCUAUUGAGACUGGCUGGACGGAAAAGUGUGAUUUUGUAACCUUUUUGUAAUAUUGUUUUCUUUUAGGGACCAUUUUGUAAACGAACUAUUGAGUAGGUAAUGGUGGGCCAGCGUUUGUGUUGAUCGCAUUCACGCGCGUCGUUACGCCAGACUUCGUGUGUUGAUAGGUCAAUAUCAAAUUUUGGCCAGUCAUUUGUUAAGGUGAUAAAUAGUCGUUGAGUGAUUAAUUUUGUAUGCACAAUCAUGUUUUCAUUAUUUCUCGUAUAUUUUUUUGUGUUCACUUUUAUUGGUAUGAAUGAUGUGAUAUCAUUCGAUAUGUAUGUACACAUUAUGUACAUGUUAUUAUAUUUAUACGGUGAUAUUACACAAUUUUGUUAUAACGGUAAUAAAGUGUUAUUUGGUUAACGAAGAGCAUGAAGUGCGCACUUCUAUCGCCAAAGUAGUGUGCCUUUUAUGUAUUAUAUAAAAUAUCUGCUCAUGAAAAUAAUUCCAAAACGGACUUUUAUGUUUAAGAGAUUUAACUAAAGUACACGUUGUCGCAAAAGACAU